AUGUCCAGCGCAAAGAAUAUAAGGUUAGAUCUUAGGGUGCCUAAAAUUAUUCUCUGGCCUAUAAAGCUUUUAUUUUUUUUUUUCGACCGAGCUUACGGGUUAGAGGGUUUGACAGACAGGAGCCGCAAAAGAUACUGUCGUGGAAACGAUGAUUCAAGAUUCCGACAGACAAAGAAAACUGGUUACCCUGAAUCCAACUUGAAUACAUACCAAUUAGAGGCCUUGAAUACGGUUUUACGAUAUCAAUCACAAGGACUUGAACAACAGAAAGUGACCGAUUUAUCGACUCUAGCUUUCUUUCCCCGUUCGCAGCCUGAAAGAGAAUUAACAAACGAACUAAACGUUGCUAUCAUUAUGCCUGGUAGUCCUUUUAGCAGAUCUAGUUUUCGAUGUGUCAAGUCAGAAAACAAUAUUAGAUGCUUUACCUUCAUCCGUUUAGAAAAUACAUCAUCCACGUUCUUUGCAAACAUCCGAAACAAAAUGAUCGAUGUUAACGUGAAGAACACGUAUGACUCUAGAUAG